AUGUAAUAAUCUAUUCACUAAUAAAAAAUAGUCGAAUUUACGAAUCAAGGUGAAUAUGUUUAAUUGGAAGAUUAUAUACGAGUAAAUCAAACAGUGCAGAUGAAUUUUUCAUAAGCCUUAGUCGAAUGCAUCCAAUAUACAAGGGAUAGCGAAGAACACUUGCAAUGCAUUCAAUAAAUUCUGAAAUAAUAAAUUGAUUUCAAUUAUAAGGAUAACCAAGGAAACACUGCCUUGAUCUAAGCAGCGAAAAGCGGCAAAAUCAGUAUAUUGAAUGAAAUCAUUAAAUACAAAGAAAGGUUUGAGAAAAGACAAUUUAAGCUCGCACUUGAUAUUGCAAUACAAUCAGAACAAGAUAAUUGGGAUAUCGUUGAGACUUUGCUUCAAUUAACUUCACUAGAAAAGCCUCAACAUUUGAUUAAAUCUAUGCGCAAAGGCAAUUUUAAAACUGCACAAAAGAUUAUUGAAUAAUAUGGUGCUUCUGGAUAAGAUGAAAAUGGAGACACAGCCUUACAUGUGGCUUCUCGAUUGGGCAAUCUAUAAAUUAUUAAAAGCAUCUGUCAAAAGGAAAAUCUCUAUAAAAAAAAAAAUUAAUAACAUCAAACUCCAUUAGAUGUGGCUUGCAAUCAAGAAACCAGAAAUCAACUAAUAGAAGAAGAAAUCCAAUUCCAAAAAUCACCAAAUAGAAAAAGAAGAUAAGAUGAUCUCAAUGAAAAUAAUUAGAUUUCUUAGAAACCUUAAAAAUAUGAGGAUUUUAAUGAAAUAUUUUAGAACCCCCCCAAGGUAUUACAUGAUCAAGCAAUCCAAACUGAAAACAAAGAAAAGAAAGACUCUGAAUCAUAAAUUCCAGAGCAUAAUUACAUCAAUCAACCAUUCUAUGAUUAAUUAAUCUCUGAAGCCCUAGUUACUCUACCUCAACAUAGAAUUAGUCUAGAUGACAUUGUGAAGUAAUUGUCCUUUGAAAUCAAUACAUUCUCUUAAGAGUUGAAUAAAUUGUUGGAGGAACAAAGACCCAUUAUUGACAAGAUAGUUUAGAUGGUUGAUGAAACUGUUCAAUCUGUAUGUUCUAAGUCUCGCGCCUUUCUAUACGGUUCUUGCUAAACUGGUCUAAAUUUACUCGAUUCUGAUAUUGAUAUUGUGAUCGAAACAAACGAGUAAGAAAGGAUCUCGUUAUAUAAGAUUGCUGAAUAAUUUAAAACACAAGGCUUUAUUAAGGAGGUGAAGGUUAUUGAUAAUGCGAGGAAACCUGUUUUGAAAAUGCAAUGUUCACAAGAAUUUCAAAAUAAACUUAUCGAUAUUACCAUUAGUAAGAAUGAUCACUCUGGGAGAAAGACUGCUAAUUCGAUGAUUGAAUUCCAGAAGGAAUUUAAAUAGUUUAAAAGUCUUGCUUUAAUCUUGAAAUUUUACUUUAAAUCUAUUAAUCUUUUAAAUGCUUAUCAAGGUGGUUUGAAUAGCUAUUGCAUUCUGACUAUGAUCUUAGCCUUACUAUAAAUUAAACGUGUACGAGAUCUUGAAAACGAAGAGAUUGGUAAGACCUUUAUGGACUUUUUCGAUCUAUAUAGUUAAGAUAUCGAUUACUUUAAUAAAAUUAUAAAUAUUGUUCCGUCCCAAUCAGAGAAUAUGUAAGUUGAUGAACCUAAUAUUUACUAAUAACAAUUUCCUUAGUUUGAUCAAGGAUAGUAAGAAUUAGUUAUAUUGGAUUUACAUAAUAAAGGCAAUAACAUUGCAAGCAGCACCUUCAAAGUCAAGCACAUCAAAAAUGCCUUGACACUCGCUUAUAGUACUAUACUGAAUUCUCAAAAAUGCGAAGAACCAUGCUUUUUCUCCAGAUACAAUAAACCUGUUUGUUGUAUACUCAAAUAAAUCAUCUAACAAUCAAAGAACCAUCACUUGACUGGUGCAUAUAAAUCAAAAUAGCCAUUUUAUUUCUUUAAUUUUAAUACUUAUUGA